CUCUCGGCGGCUAUCUGCGGGGCAAAAACCUCUCGGCUCACUCGGGUCGCCAGUUUUCAGAGAGAGGAGCCCGGACGCACGUUCCCAUGAAGCCGCUGGAUGUGCUCCUGAGCCGGCUCAACUGCCUGCUCAACAUCGACGCCCGGGAUGUGGGCAAGCAGGACGAGAUGGCCCGGAACAAGCAUCAGCAGCAGCAGCAGCAGCAGCAGCUGGCGGUCCAGCCCCAGCAGCAGCAGCAGAUACAACAGGUGCAGGACGCGAGCAGGCCUUCCCAGGGCAUGGACGCAGCCGAGUUCCGGGUCAAGGGCUGCGAGAUGGUGGACUACAUCGCCCGCUACCUGGAGACCAUCUCGGAGCGGAGAGUGACGCCGCAGUGCGAGCCGGGCUACCUCAAGGACCAGCUGCCGGCCAAGGCGCCCGACCAGCCCGAGGACUGGGACCGCAUCAUGGCCGACGUGGAACGCUACAUCAUGCCAGGCGUGACUCACUGGCAGCACCCCCACUUCCACGCGUACUUCCCGGCGGGCAACUCGUACCCGUCCAUCCUGGCAGACAUGUUGUCCGACGGCAUCGGCUGCGUCGGCUUCUCCUGGGCAGCCAGCCCAGCCUGCACCGAGUUAGAGGUCAUCAUGCUGGAUUGGAUCGGGAAGAUGAUAAACCUGCCCGAAGACUUCCUCUGCCUCUCUGGAAACAGCAAGGGCGGGGGCGUUAUACAGUCGAGCGCCAGUGAGUGCGUUCUCGUCACCCUGCUGGCUGCUCGGUACACCACCAUCAAGAAGCUGAAGCAGGAACAGCCGUUCGUGGACGAAGGGGUCUUGCUUUCCAAGCUCAUGGCUUACUGCUCCAAAGAGGCCCACUCGUGCGUGGAGAAGGCAGCCAUGAUAGGCUUCGUGAAACUACGCAUCCUCGACACAGAUGAGAAAUUCCAGAUGAGGGGCUCGGUGCUCGCCGCCGCCAUCGAGGAAGACCGCAAGGCCGGAUUCAUCCCCUUUUUUGUGAGCGCCACGCUGGGCACGACGUCGUGCUGCUCGUUCGACGCCCUCGCCGAGAUCGGGCCCCUGUGCCAAAAGGAGGGCACGUGGCUGCACGUGGACGCCGCCUACGCCGGCAGCGCCUUCAUCUGCCCGGAGUUCCAGCAUCUCCACAAGGGACUAGAGUAUGCAAUGUCUUUCAACCUAAACCCUAACAAAUGGAUGCUCGUCAACUUCGAUUGUUCUUUAAUGUGGGUGAAAGAUCGGUUCAAGCUCACUCAAGCUCUGGUUGUGGACCCUCUGUACUUACAACACAGUUAUUCCGACAAGGCGAUUGACUACAGGCACUGGGGCAUUCCCCUGAGCCGAAGGUUCAGGUCGCUCAAGCUCUGGUUCGUGGUUCGGCGCUACGGCGUUCAGGGACUCCAGCACUACAUCCGCGAGCACGUUCGCCUGGCCAAGAAGUUUGAGAAGCUGGUUCUCAGUGACACGCGCUUCGAGGUGAUCAACGAGGUCACCUUUGGCCUGGUCUGCUUCAGGCUCAAGGGCUCCAACCAGCUGAACAUGAAACUGCUGUCGAGCAUCAACGCGUCGGGCAAGCUGCACAUGGUGCCGGCCUCGCUCAACGACCAGUACGUGAUCCGCUUCUGCGUGUGCGCGCCCAACGCCACCGACGACGACAUCACGUACGCCUGGGACGUCAUCACCCAGUACACCACCGAGCUCAUCCAGGUGAUCGGAGAGGAGCCCGAGCGAGAGGAGAAGGUGACAGAGAAGGAAAUGCAUGUGAUCGACACCACAGUCGACAGCUACAUCAGCUGGGCGGACACAACGAUGGCUCACGGGUAGCCACGGCCCGCCUGCCAGGCCGCCCACGGACGCUAUUCCAGCAACCAUUGCCGUCUAGAUGGCGGUUGUCGAACUACUCGGAGUCGGAGUUAGGCCUAGGUGCCAACUUCCAUUGCCCAAAAAUGCUUGUGUUCAUCUCAAUUCCUCUGAGAUCCGACUGUUUCAUUUCCUUCGAAACUGAACGACAAUUCCCUAUCUUUCUAAACAAUCAGCCCUUCCAGAAAGUUUGGAAACUGAACGUUAGCAUCAAAGUUAUUGCUCGUUUAUUGCUUUUGCACACUCUCAGAAGUUCAUCGAUGUAUGCUGCAAUGCGGUACGCUGGAACAGCAAUCAUCGAUCUUUCGAUGGACGAGAUAAACGAGCGGUCGAUACCGCUCGUCCAUCUCGUUGGCUGAAAUUAUUAGAAAAAGAUCGAUGAUUCGUGUUUCGACUACGCGUGGCAGUACUCAUGCAGGAAAUUCUGAGAGUGAAGGCAUGGAAGCCUUUUUAUAUAUUAAAAACAAAGACAAGACGUUAUACUGCCUAUACACCGCUCAACCAAAACAUUAUGACCACGCCUAAUAUCAUGCUGGUCCACCUUUGGCACGCAAAACAGUUGCACGAAUCGUCUGCUGGAAAAUCGCUUAUCCAGCAAAGUCCGAUAAACUGUGUACUCAGGAAUACUUGUACUUUGACCUAUAGCUAUCUGUCAGUCGAGCCGCAGGUAGCCGCUUAGUUUGCUUCAAAAAUAGGGAAAACCUCCGACGUGCACAUUCUGUAAUGCGGUGUGGACGUGCAACCCCUCAACGCCUACUAACAGUUUCAUCGUCGUUCUUCCAUUUUUGAUAUGUACUAACUACGGCAGCUCGCCGACACCCGACGAGCGUGACAGUUUCCAAGAUACUUGUCCCGAGCCGUCGGGUCAUCACGAUCUGCCCCUUGUCAAAGUCGCCUACAUCUACAGCCUCUCCCCAUAUAUACACACAUCGUCAACAAAAUAAUCCCUCUGCAUCACCGGCAGCCGUUAAUCCACUGGUAGGUAACGCGGACGGCGCAUCAGUUGGGUGCGCUCAUUCACGCUGUCUAAGGGUGGUCGUAAUGUUUUGGCUGAUCAGUGUAUUGCGUUUAUCGGCGAGAAUUCGCAACGGAAUGCAACUUGCGGCUUUGACAGUUCACCCCUGAGCAUCAGAGCUUGGUAAAAACCUUAAAGCAGCACAAAAACAGGCACUGAAAUACCUAAACACGGAAAUUCAGCGGGUGUCGUUUAUUUGGAAGAAAAGAGCCGAAGAAAAUUCUUGUGCCAUUUUCUCCCACCGGAAACAAUAUCCUCCCAAAACAUCACUUUUUUUCUGCAAUUUUGUUUGCGACAUUGUGCACGGGUAAUUUUUUGAUGACGAACAGUUUAAAGCGGUCUAAAACCACCAAUCAUUGCAGCUAGCAAAAUACCUUCUAGUGUUUUGCCCUACGUAACGAUAGGUAUUAGUGGUUUUAAAAAUCAUCGAACCUUCCAGUCAUGGUCGACGUCUACUUCAUUCUGGAAAAAACAGUUGCGUUUUGACAUGUGGCGAUGAAUGUUAUGCCACAUGCGCAAGAACAACUCCUUCAGUGUGCGUGAGUGUUUUUUUUUUUUUUUUUCCCACUGGAAGCAUUUUGCGCGUUGUGCAAAAUAGCGCUCUUUCUGUGUGGCUUAAAGUUAUCUCGCAGAAUAUCGGAUUCAACCCAGGAAAGAGUUGUCCCUGCCAAAGAUGAAACGAGAUAGCAAAGCGGUCGCACUUUAUAGUUUAAAAAACCCCGUAAACAUGAUUCCAAUCUGCCUAAUAAUCAAAUCAAGUUGUUUUUUUUUUGUUUUUUUGUUUUUUUUUUUUUGUUGUUGUUGUUUUUUUUGUUUUUUUUUUUUUUUGCGAGACAUACGAGAAUUGGAAGCAGUCGCGUUUGUUUCGAGGAAAUGAAGCUUUACAGAUUUUCGACGCAGUAAUAUUAACUUUUCCGGACAUAUGUGAAGCUUUUUGCCGGCAGCUAUUGGCCAAUUCAAGAUUAAGUAAACAUAUCUAAGCGUCUAAUACGGCGAUUAUCUUAGUGUAAAAAUGACGCGAAUGUGUCCAAUAAACAUACAAGUACAUACAGGGCGUUUCAACUAACUUGUGCCAUGACUUGAAAAACGCGGGUGCACACUGCGCGCUUCAAUCUACCGCACUACUGUUCACAGAUUUAUUGACCAAGGCAGAAUAUUUUUAGCUACUUUUUUUAGAACUAAUUAGUGCGCGAACGAUCCGAUGGAACGUUGUAGAGUGUAUUGAAAAACAUUCCAUCGUGUCGUUUCAGUCAAGGUGGCCCUCGUGUGUCUAAUGUUUCCCCCUAGCAACGAUUUGUUUGGACCCAGACGCCAUGUUGUGACGUAGUCACUUACGGGAUCUCGUUCUGCGGAAGGACGUGUCAAAGCCGCAAUCUUUUUAUUUUACGCGCUCUAUUUUAAAUUUAAAACAAUUAGGCACACGAAGACUACCUUGAUGGAAACGACACCAGGGGCUGUUUCUCAGCAGGCUUUACAAUUUUUUAAUUUCAGUGUUGGUGCACAAAUUCAUAUCUAAAAGUUAGCUUAUAGUCUUAUAGAUAAUAUGCAAAAAGAGCCGCCAUCUUGCCUACUUAUAUUCAAUUAUCGAGUUUCCGCCAUAAUUGGGGGUUCCCGUACCGAUCGUUUUGCCCGCCAGACAUUAGUCGUGGCAAAGCGACAGUCGUAGAUUUAAAAUAUUAUCUCCUACUGCAAGUCCAGUACGGAUCCUUCACACGGCGUCUUCGAUAAAGACUGUUGAUUUCCCUGGAAGGCCAAGUUGAUUUCUCCAGUGGCGAGUCUGGCGACAGCGUUGCUGACAAUUCCUUUUCCCCAAUCUCACGGCCGUUUUUCUCUUCUUGGUUGCACCGAAACUAAAUAACAACCCAAUGAAUGGACAAAUGCGUCUCCCUAAUAUCAUGAAAACCUGAUUUAAUGAAGAUGCACCUCGUCCACAGAGGGAAGAUAGCAUAAACCUUCUAAUAUGGCGGCUCCCAAUGGCAUGAUGAUGAUAUCUGACAGAAAUUUCGCAUAUGGCCUAUUCAUUUAUGCUGACCAGUUUGGCACUUCAAAAAUAUCUCAACUUUCCCAAUAGGACAAAUGACAUCUUUUAUAAGAUGGUAUAAGUAUAUAUAUGUCCUUACUUAGGACAUUUUUAAAAUUUAAGUUCUGCUAUGUGAACGGAUAUAACUUUUUUUUUUUUCACAUGGUGCUAUCUGGCUUUCGUUAGGAUACAAAUAAAACGUUCGGGAGUGCUAAUCUGCAUUGUACUCGAGAUGUUCAAUAUUUUUCGGUAGGCUAGAGUAGUUUCCAAGAUCGGAAAUAAAAACACUCAAGCUGUUCGCGAGCUCACCGAUGCUACACCAAAGUAUACGCUCAUGACACCCAGAUAGCACAUGAACUGAGCGGAGAUACGUAUUCUAACCACGAUGUUGAACGGUUGCCGAAGGCUACUGCAUUUGAAAUGUCUCGUUUAAAGGCGCCAUUUCGUCGUGAAUCCUUCUAUUCGUUCGCUCGGUUAUUCAUUUUCUUCGUAAAAGCCAGCUGGCCAACACACUGCUCGAUGGCGUACUUCUAGUUUUUGUUUUGUUUGUAAAACUGUACAGCCUGUCCAAAAUAAAAAAAAAAAUGGCAUGCA